ACUUGGAGCCGGGCAGGCAGUUCUCCCCCUCCUCCUUCUCUUCCUGCCGGCUCGGCCUCCCGCUGCAGGAUCUCCUCGGGCUUUGGGCUCACCCAGUCAGCGCAGGAGAUGACUUCCACUCAGGAUGGCAGUGUUGUGAUUUUUGGCAGUGGACUCAUUGGCCGAAGCUGGGCUAUGUUAUUUGCCAGUGGAGGUUUCAAGGUAAAACUUUAUGAUAUAGAGCAGCAGCAGAUAACCAAUGCACUGGAAAACAUCAGAAAAGAGAUGAAGACUCUGGAGCAGAAUGGUACCCUAAAAGGAUCUUUAAGCGCUGAUCAGCAGUUGGCUCUUAUCAGUGGUUGCACCGACAUCAAAGUGGCAGUAGAGGGCGCCAUUUACAUUCAGGAAUGCACUCCCGAAAAUCUUGAUUUGAAAAAGAAGGUUUUUUCUCAAUUAGACCUUAUUGUUGAUGAUAAAGUCAUCUUGAGCAGCUCCAGUUCCUGCCUUUUGCCUUCAAAGAUGUUUGUGGGUUUGAAGCAUGUAAAACAAUGCAUUGUAGCUCAUCCUGUAAAUCCACCAUAUUAUGUACCAUUGGUUGAAUUGGUCCCACAUCCAGAGACAGAUCCUUCAACAAUGGAGAGAACCUAUGCUAUUAUGAAGAAAAUUGGGCAGUCACCUGUCAAAAUAAUGAAGGAGAUUGAUGGAUUUAUUCUUAAUCGACUCCAGUAUGCCAUCAUCAGUGAAGCCUGGAGGCUUAUUGACGAAGGACUAGUAUCUCCCUCUGAUCUUGAUAUCGUGAUGUCAGAUGGUCUUGGAAUGCGAUAUGCUUUCAUUGGACCCUUGGAAACAAUGCAUCUCAAUGCAGAAGGCAUGUUGGAUUAUUGUAACCGAUACAGUGAAGGCAUGAAGCGUGUACUAAAAACAUUUGGGCCAAUUCCAGAUUUUUCUGGAGCAGGUUUAGAGAAAGUUCAUCAGGACAUGUGUGCCCACAUUCCUGCUGAUCCAGCACACCUGGCUGCCAGGAGGCAGUGGCGAGAUGAAUGCCUCAUGAAGCUUGCCAAGUUGAAAAGCCAAAUGCAGGCUGAGUGAAGUUUCCCACAAUAACACUGUUGUCAUGGCUCAUGUGGCAAGCACUUUCUGGGUUGUAAUCAUAGAAAUGUCUAAUCUGAUUGCUUUAAACCAAUGAAAACCCUCAGUUCCCUUUAGAACCAGAGAAGUCUCCUCCCCUUUUAGCAGCAGAAUUCACUACUUGACUUGAUAAGCUGUGGCAAAAACCACAUGGGGCUAGCCCAGAACGCACAUUUGGUGUUCUCAGAAACAUGACUCUGGACAGGUGUUGUGUUUCCAGGAGCUGUUUGUCCUAGCACCAGAGACAGAAAGGAGUCUGAUGAGGCAAUCACCGGUGACUGCCUAAAACAAAAGCAAUCAUUGAUGAGACGGAAUCCUUUUGUUUUUAUUGUGAUUAUGUAUAGUAGCUUUACACAUGAUUCUGUUGUAGCUCCAUGAUACUUUGAUUUAUAUUGAAAUGUUUUUGUGUCAAAUCAUUUAUUCCUAAAUAUGCCAUAUAAUUAUUCUAAACACUGCGUGUGACUAUCUAUGCAUUUACUUUAUGAGUUAUUCUUAAUAAACAUUACUGGUUUCCAUAAAGUGAUUCAUCUUCUCGACAGUCUUUUAGCCAGUGAUGGUGCUUAGUCCUGGCUCUCUCUUCAGGGGUAAAGGAAGUCUAUACUCAGUGCAGCGUCAGCAGGGAGUCUGUGCUGAUUAGUGCUGCUUUCAUAGAAAUGCCUUUAUCUGGAGAGGACAAGUACAGGGUGAUGGAUAAAGAACCAGCCCCAGAGGGGCAGCUCGUUGGCACAGUGGAUACAGCACCAGCCUUGAAGUCAGGAGGACCGGAGUUCUAAUUUGAUCUCAUACACUUCACAUUUCCUAACUGUGUAACCCUGGGCAAAUCACUUAACCCCAAUUGCCUCAGCAAAAAAAAGAGUCAGGAGGACCUGGGUUUCAAGUCUCAUUUCUGACUUAUAUUGUCUGUGUUGCUAAGAGCGAAUUACAUAAUGGUUGCCAGUCUUCAUUGGAAGAGAUAGUUUCCUCAAUAGAAAUUCCCUACGAUAAUGAUAUUAAAGGUUCACAUUCUCCCAAAAAGUGGGAAGUAGAGCUAAUUUAUUUGUUAUUGUUGACUAUUAUAAGAAACAGCACAGUGCAUGGAGUUGAGAGAACAAUUCUUGAGGCAGCUGGUGGUACAACACUGGCCUAAAGUCAGGAAAACCUGAAUUCAAAUCCAGCCUCAGAUAUCUUCUAAUUGUGUGAUCCUGGGAAAGUCACUUAAAGUCUGUCUACCUUCAUUUCCUCAUCUAUAAAAUGGGGAUACUGCACCUGACUUUCACAGUUGUAUCAAAUGAAAUAAUAUUUGUAAAAUCCUGAGGAUAUUGCCUGACACAUAGAAGGUGCUUAAUAAAUGCAUAUUCCCUUCUCUUCCCCAAUUCUGCCUCUAUCCUGGAUCAGAGAAACAGUGUGAACUAGAAAUAAUAAUAACAAUAACUUACAUCUAUAUAGAACAUGAAAAUUUCUAAAAUUCUUUACAUAUGUUGUCUCGAGCUUUGCAACUACUUGUGAAGUAGGUUCUCUGGUGAUUAUAUCCUGCUUUUACAGAUGAGGGAACUGAGGUUAUAUUAGGCCAUUUUUCAAUUCCCAUACUUUCUCCAUAGGAUCAUAAAGGAUAUUAAAUUUUAUCUUCACAUUUUAUAAAAAUUGAAGCAUAGAAAUUUACCCAAGUUUAUACCAGGUUGUAAUAAAAUGAUAGAAUUCGAAACCAGGUCCUCCAAUUCCAAAUCCACUGCACCAUGCUACCUCCCACUGUGAAAUCCAUUCUUGCUCUAUCACUGACUCCCUGAUGACAUGGGGAAUGUUCCCAGCACCACGAUAUGUGCUCACUUUUUCCUUCUCUUAAGUAUAUAUCUUAAAACUGAUUAUCUAGAGUAGGGGUAUCAAAAUCAAAUAGAAACAGGAGCCAAUAAACCCUAUUUAGGCAUUCCUGCAACAAGCAUAUUAACUUAGAUAACCAUAUAUUAACACUAUCUAUGCUAUAUUGUAUUUUUGUUUACAUUUUAUAUUCUAAUUACAUUUUAAUAUGGGUUUAUAUUCAGUAUAGUUGAAAGCUGCAAUACUAUGCCUGUUAGAUAUCUCAGACUUGGAAUGUGGGGAGGGUCCAGAUGUUAUUCCUAAAAGGUGCUAUUGAUGUAAAUGGUGUCCUCUUUAAUCUUGAGGGGAGGGUCAAAAUGGAAUCUUUGGGGGAAGGGUGAUUUGGGGUCUCAAACCCUCUUGACCUCUGGGAGGGGCACAUCCUCCUGUCCAUAAGGAAAACUCUCAAGAUAAGUAAUCUCAUUCACUUUUGAAUUUAAUUGAAUUGAAAAUCAGUCUUUCAUAUUCAUCCAGUGAUUGGCCCUCGCUCGGGGUAAAAGAUGAUCUUGAACCCCGAAUCUUUGCUAAAUGCCCUUUUGAACUUAGCCCACUGGUCUUUCUCAGUGUAAACCUUUGCAGAAGUCCUAACAGGAUUUUGCCCACUGAUGAAGAUUUUCUUCUCAGUGUAAACCCAUCUUUGCAAAAAUAAUCCUCACAGGAUUCUUUGCUAACUAAGAAAGCUGUUUUCUUAGUGCAAAUAAAUCCUCUUUUGCCACAAACUUCGAGUUUGUGAAUUCUUUCGCAAAGGAUCUGUGAUAUAGGCCAGAAGAGAUCUCUUCCCCUCAAUUCUUACACCUCAGCAGGAUACUUUUCUUCUAAGGCUAAACCCAAAUAAGUUACUUGUUCAAGACCUCUUGACCUGGGAGCCAUAUAUUUUUUCUUUUGUUUAAAAAUUAUCUGGGGCAGCUAGUUGGUGCAGUGGAUAGAGCACCGGCCCUGAAGUCAGGAGGAUCUGAGUUUAAAUCUGGCUUCAGACACUUAAUAUUUCCUAGCUGUGUGACCCUAAGCAAGUCAUUUAAUCCCAAUUACCUCAGAAAAAAUAUAUACAUACAUUUCUUGAUCACUGUAUUUCAUUAUAAUUUGUCCCCUUUAUAAUUUGUUAUGUUUAAUUUUGUGAUUCUGAGAUGGGGAUCGAAUGAUUAAAGAAAUCCAUGACACAUAAAAUUAAGAACUCCUGCUCUAUGCCUCACCUUCUUAAACUGUGGGUUAUCUGUGCAACAGGAGAACUGUUCGGUUUUGCAAAUAUGUAUUUUAUCUAGGAUAUACUGCAACAUAUUUAAAAUUUAUAGGACUGCUUGCCAUCUUGGGGGGGGUAGAGGGAGGGAGAGGAAAAAAUUGAAACAUAAGUGAGUGCAAGGGAUAAUGUUGUAAAAAAUUACCCUGGCAUGGAUUCUGUCAAUACAAAGUUAUUAUUAAAUAAAAUAAAAUUUAAAUUAAAAAAAAAAAAGAAAACUGAGAAAAAAAAAUAAACUGUGGGUUAUGACCCCAUAUGGGGUCUCAUAACUGAAUGUGGGGGUCAUAAAGUUAUGAUUUACUAUCAAUAAAUGUUUGAUUUGUAUGCCUGUUUUAUACUCUUAUAUCCCCGGGCUCAUGUAACCAUUUCAGCACAUUUCUUGGGCUAAAAGAUGCUGAGAAUGGAAAAAGUUUAAGAAGCCCUGCUUUAAACUUUAAGUUCUUGGACCUCUCAUUUUGGCUUGUAAUUGUGGGAAGUUUCCUUAUAGGUUGUACUUUGUUUUUUGUCUGGGUGGUUUUUGUAUUUUGAGAUCUGAAAAUAAAAGAUCCCUCCUGAAA